UAAUAUUUGAGUGAGACAAACGCCAAAGAAGCUUCAUAUUGCAAGGUGACAUCAUUUAUAUCGACGACGCUUCAACCAUAUUAUUACGUCUCCCACCCACCUGCAAAGCCAAAACCCCUUUUCUCCAGCAACAUUUCACCUCGAUCGCAUCACUAUGGCUACAAUCGGACACAAUAAUCUCAACGCAAAACUGGUUUUGCUCGGAGACAUGGGAGCAGGUAAAUCAAGUCUAGUUUUACGCUUCGUCAAAGGUCAAUUUCUUGAAUUUCAGGAAUCGACGAUCGGAGCGGCGUUUUUCUCGCAAACGCUAGCAGUUAAUGAUGCCACUGUCAAGUUUGAGAUCUGGGAUACUGCUGGUCAAGAGAGGUAUCAUAGUUUGGCUCCUAUGUAUUAUAGAGGAGCUGCUGCCGCCAUUAUCGUCUACGAUAUUACCAGCGCGGAUUCUUUUACACGCGCUAAAAAGUGGGUGCAAGAACUUCAAAAGCAAGGCAAUGCUAACAUGGUUAUGGCACUUGCCGGCAACAAAGCUGAUCUGGAAGAGAAGAGGAAAGUGACAGCAGAAGAAGCUCGUGUAUAUGCCGAAGAGAAUGGUCUUUUCUUCAUGGAGACGUCUGCUAAAACUGCUGCAAAUGUUAAUGACGUAUUCCAUGAAAUAGCCAAGAGACUCCCUAGAGCUCAACCGACUCAAAACCCAGCUGGCAUGGUUCUUGUGGACAGACCAGCUGACGGGGCCCGGGCCGCAUCAUGCUGUUCAUAAGUAACGUCUUAAUUCUCGAUUAUUAUUAUAUUCUGUAGCGGUUUUCUUUCUUUAUGCACAUUUGUUUGAAACUCUACUGGAAUAGCAUGAAAGUUUGAUAUCAAUAAAAGGUGUACGCGGCUAGUCGUCCUUGUUAGUUAUGUGAUUUUUGAUUUGCUAGCCUGACCCUUGAACCUUUGAAUGAUAUAUAACGUUAAACAAGUAAAUUUGUUAUGAUACCGGAUAUAACCUGAUGACAGGUAUGAUUUAACUGUUUGUAACUGUGAUACACACGUGGAAGCAGCCUACGGUUUCAUGGAAUCUGGGCGUUCUCUAUUGUGUGAUGAAGAUUGUAAAUUUGUGAUGGGCUUGGUGGAAUUUAUGGUUUGAAGUUGUAUACGAUGUGCAAAUAACUGUGUAUUGGUAAUUCUUGCUAUAAGGAUAGUACUGUGUUAAUGUUUUAA